AAUCUCCCAACUCAUCUCUGUUCGAUGCCAUUUUCAUUGCAACCUUCCUAAUCAGAUAUGAAAAUCUGUCUAGGGUAUAGCAAAAUAUGUUCACCGUGACCUGUUUUAAACAUGUGUAGAUUUAGCUUCAGAUUUAACUGAUGGAGCGAGACCAGAAACAUUGUAUAACAAACAGUGUAGAGGAAAUGUCAGUGAGGUCGCGUGGUAAUUUAGUGUUUGAAAGCAAUUAUAAAAAUGAAAAAACUAGACAUAUCGAAUUCUGGGCAUUAUGCUUAUGCAUCAAUAUGCUGUAUCACUGUGGGUACACUGUUUCCAAAUGUCUGGAAUGAGGAUUUUAAUUCUCAGUAUGUGAAUAAUUUAUGUCAACACCUAAAUCUAAAUGACAGAAUUAAGCCUGUUAUGAUCACAUUAGCAACUGGUCAAAGUACUCAAAGCGUAAAUCCAUAUGUUACGCUCCUUUUAGAGGAGCCGAAUCUUGCUGGAAAAACUAUUCUUGUGAUACAGGAUAUGGUACUGCUGGCGGUAAAUGAAGGGGAAUAUGAUGCUAGACAAAGGGUUCUUAUUAGAGAAGUAGCAAGUAUUUUAAAUGUUCCAUUUGAAUUAGUUGAAAUGUAUGAAUAUUCCUUAGUCAAAUAUUUGAGUCAAGGUGUUGGCUCACAGUCUGAGAAAGGCUUGAAAGAAACUGCACGAAGAAACAAGAUCAGUAAAGUAAAGAGGUAUGCGGCAAUUGGUUUUGCGACUGUUGCUGGUGGUACAUUAAUUGGUCUAACAGGUGGUUUAGCUGCCCCUUUCAUUGGCAUUGGUGUAGGAACCAUUCUUGGAGGUGCUAGUGCAGUAGCUCUGGGUAGUACAGCAGGUGCCGCUAUUGUGGGAUCGAUCUUUGGAGUUGCAGGUGCUGGACUUACAGGGUACAAAAUGAAUAAGCGCGUUGGACAAGUAGAGGAGUUUGGUUUUCAAUCAAUGAUGCCCUAUGAAGUUAUUGAGCAUCAACUGCAUAUUGCAAUUGCCAUUACUGGCUGGUUAAAUGACGAAGACCCGGAGAGCAUUACAAAACCAUGGCAGUCACUUGCAGUUUCUAGAGAACAGUAUGCUCUCAGAUAUGAGACAAAAUAUUUGAUUGAAUUGGGUCAAGCUUUAGAUUACAUUCUUAGUAUUGCAGUUACCGUUGCUACACAAGAAGCUCUGAAGUACACUGUCUUAUCAGGUCUAUUAAGUGCUGUAGCAUGGCCGGCUGCAUUGCUUUCAAUUGCUUCAGUGAUUGAUAACCCUUGGUCAGUAUGCUGCAGACGCAGUUCUGAAGUUGGCAAGCAAUUAGCACAUGUCUUGUUGACUAAACAACACGGAAAGAGACCCGUAACAUUAGUAGGUUUUAGUCUUGGAGCUCGCGUGAUAUUUUACUGCCUUAGGGAAAUGGUUGAAAUUGGUGGUGGAGAAGGAAUCAUUCAGGAUGCAGUCAUAUUAGGUGCUCCAGUCACUGAUAGCAAAAAACAGUGGGAAAAAUGUUCCACAAUUGUUGCAGGCAGAAUUGUCAAUGGAUAUUGCAAAGCUGACUGGCUGCUGAGAUUUCUGUACCGUACACUGUCAAUGUCAACUGGAGUUGCAGGACUAGUACCAGUGAACUGUGAAAGGGUUACAAACAUAGAUUUAAGCACUAUUGUCAGUGGACACCGAGAAUACUCUGAUAAAUUACCAGUCAUUCUACGGUUUAUUGGAUUGAAUACAAGAGAGGUUGAAGUUGGUGAAAUUGCUAGUAUUAUGAAGAAAUCCAACUCCAUGACGCCUUCCGAAUGUACCUGUAAUCCAAUGCAUGAACAGAUUAACAUUAGUAUUAGACCAUCCAAAUCGGAUAUGUGCCUAUCUUCCAUUAAGCAUCCUAAAUAAGUUUCCCAAUCUUAGUUGACCAUUUCCAAUGAAUAUGAAGAGCUCAGUUUCACUAUAGCAUUGAACAUUUAAGCGUUAAUCGAACUAUGUCCUGAGAGUUUUGAAACAAAAGUUAACAUUUGUUAUCCUAUAAUGGAUGAGGACCAAAUAUAAAUAUAUAGAACACGGUUAUGGUAAACGAAAUGCACAAUAUUAUGAUGUAAGAGUAUACAAACGUCACACGAGUACCUGCUUGAAUUAAUAAAAUACUUGCAAUCUGUUUUCAUACACUUACUUUAAAAAAAAAAGAAAUUAACGGUCGACGUGAUUCUGUGUAGGCAUAUUACAAGAUAAUGUACUAUGCACUUUCUAUGCACAAUGAUCAAAUAAAAAUUCUUAAUAUAUUACUUUA